AUGACUGUUCUUCCCGAGUCCCUUGUUGGUGGGUUGGCUGCAAAGCAGCAGGGUAUUCCUCCACAUGCCCAGAAGGCCACCUUUGCAGCUGGCUGUUUCUGGGGGGUUGAGCACAUAUACCGUCGACGGUUUGGGAACGGGAAGGGUCUAUUAGAUGCCUCUGUUGGCUACUGUGGUGGGAAAUCCAAGCUACCAACCUACCAUCAAGUCUGUACGGGACAGACCGGCCAUGCCGAAGCCAUUGAGGUGAUAUAUGACCCGACAAUCGUCUCCUAUCAGCAGCUUGUCGAAUUCUUCUAUUCCAUGCAUGAUCCAACCACCAAGGACAGACAAGGUGGUGAUACUGGCACUCAGUACCGAAGUGCCGUAUUUGCUCAUAAUGACGAACAAUUGAAGAUCGCAAAGGGCAUAACGGACCAGGUGGCUAGGCGGUGGUGGAAGGCCCCCAUCACCACCGAGCUCAACCCUCCAGAUCAGUGGCAGUGGUGGACUGCUGAGAAAUACCAUCAACUGUAUCUGGAGAAGAACCCUACCGGAUACGUGUGCCCAGCUCAGUAA